AUGGCCGGCUUCGACUUCUCCAGCCACAACCGCAACGCCGCCCUCCACGCGCAGGGCGUGCCGCUGCCCAAGGCGACGAGCACGGGCACCACCAUUGUGGGCGCGCUGUUUGACGGCGGCGUCGUCAUUGCCGCAGACACGCGAGCCACCAGCGGGCCCAUUGUGGCCGACAAGAACUGCGAGAAGCUGCACUUCAUCGCCCCACACAUCUGGUGUGCCGGCGCAGGCACCGCGGCCGACACCGAGUUCACGACGGCCAUCAUCUCGUCGAACCUCGAGCUGCACGCGCUCAGCACCGGCCGCAAGUCGCGCGUCGUCACCGCCAUGACGCUGCUCAAGCAGCACCUCUUCCGCCACCAGGGCCACAUUGGCGCCUACCUCGUCGUCGCCGGCGUCGACCCCACGGGCGCCCACCUCUUCACCGUCCACGCCCACGGGUCCACGGACAAGCUGCCGUACGUCACCAUGGGCUCUGGCUCGCUGGCGGCCAUGUCCGUCUUUGAGACCCAGUGGGAGCCGAACCUGAGCCGCGACGCCGCCGUCAAGCUGUGCGCCAGCGCCAUCGAGGCCGGCAUCUGGAACGACCUGGGCUCGGGAAGCAACGUCGACGUCGCCGUCAUCACCGCCGAGAAGACGACGCUCAUGCGCAACUACAUGACCCCCAACACAAGGCAGCCCAAGCAGCGCAACUACCGCUUCCAGAAGGGCACCACGGCCGUCCUCAACGAGAAGAUCAUCACACGGGAGGAGAUUAGCAAGUACGUGACCGUCUCGGAGCUCAAGGACGGGGACGUGACGGCCACGGCCGAGGCCAUGGACCUCGACACGUAG